CUAGGCACAGUCUCGUUACUAAGUAUACAAAAAUGGCGGCCAAAUAUGUGUAAAAAAAACAUUUGAUUUCUCUUUUGUUGUGACUGCCUUUAAUUAAAAUGGGUUCGGGAUCAAGUAGCAGCAUCAAAACAAUUCAUAUUGACCAAAAGGAAGAACUGUCAGGGGAGCUGCCAAAAAAGAAAAACAAAUUUUCACCACAAAGGAAAGAAAUUUCAGAGGUAGAACAGCAGUCAAGUCCAACAUCUGAUACAAAUAAGCAAAUAGAAGACAAAGAUGGUACUAUAGAGACAUUAACAAAACAGCUAUGUGAAAGUGAAAGUAAUCGUCUUGACCUGGAAGAUCGUGUGGAAACUCUGUUAAAGGAGCUGGACUAUGUCAAUACACAGAAUGUUGCAAGAGAAGGAGAGGAAAGGCCAUGUGAGGAGACUGUGCAUGCAAAAGACCAUUACAUUAAUAAACUUGAAAAGGAGAAGACAGAAUUAGAGACAGAAGUGAAUAAAAUGAGACAAAGACAGAGAAGAAAACAGAAGCAGUUCAACACUCAGAUGGCAGAAUAUAAACAAGAAGUUAACUUUCAAAUGAUGGAGUUAAAGGAGGAGAUCAACAGGUUAAAACUGGAAAACAAACAACAAACAGGUAACAAAGUGAGUCAAGAAAGCAGUUCUAAAACAUUUCAAAUUGAAGAUUCGCCAAAACUACCAGGAGGAGAGAAGAUGGCACUGAUACUGGAACUAUCAGAACAGGUUACAGAGCAGCAAGAUAGAAUCACCAAACUUGAACGUAAACUUAAAGAAAAAGACCAAAUUGUUGAUGAGCUUAGGUCUAAACUGAAAAACAAUUCCCAGUAUCUUAGUGUUCUGAAUAAAACAAAGGAAGAUAAAGAGAAACAUGAAAGAAAUAAAACAGCUGGUGGUAAUGUGGGUAGUAACACAGGUUAUGCCAAAAACCCUAGUAUAAAGAAUGAUAAAAAUUUGUUCAGAAAUGAGAAUGGCAUUGAUGGUCUCUUCACAGUUGAAGAAGAAAGCUCAGAGAAUGAAGAAGAAAAUUUAACUAAAUUGUCUACACUCUUGCAAGGUGUUAAAUCUAGCAAUAAAGAAUUUAUAAAUUCUGAUCAUUCAGAAGGUGGGGAAAAUGAUGUUUUAGGUAAUGGGCGAAUACCAGAAACAUUUGAAGAUCUUGAAGCAAACAAUGGCAGGGAUUCAGGUUUAGGAUCGGCAGGGAAGAGAGAAGAAAAGGGAGAUAUAAAGUCAGACUCCGGUAAACCAGGCAGAAUUGGAAUGGAAUGGAAAGAUAUGACCCAUUCAUUUGAAUCUGGCUCUGGACUGUCUGAUUCAGAUUUUGAACAGUAUGGACCUGGUCUAAGUAAAGUAUCUAGUGCUCCACCGAAACUCCAGAAUGGUAAUGGAGCAAGGAUAAAGAAGAAAUCAAACAGUUUGAGGCGACAUGCUUCUAGCAAAAAGAAUGAUAGACCACCUAGACCUGGAGUAGCAUUCGUGAACUCUGUUGACACUUUCCACAAAGACGAUCAUAUUAUAAACAAAUUAUCUCCAAUUAUAAGCCCUGUCGAAGUCUCUUGAUGUGAAUUGGUUAUAAGUUAGUUUGCCUACCUGCUUUCAGUCAGUGUAAACCUGACCUACAUGUAUUACUAGCUUAAUCCAACUAACAAGUUCUUCACCUAGACAAUACAUAAUUCCAUGCAGGCAUGGUACAAUGCUAGCCUUUAGUAAAAUUCAAACACUGAUGACUCAAGCUAUGUGCUUUGUUUGCUGUUUUUGUUUCCACUCUUUAUAGUUAUGUAGGUAGAACUUAACUUGUUUGCAGUGCUGUUCCUGCAUUCUGAUAAUUAUCUUUCUAGUCCUUUUAUUUACACAUCCUCAAGAUCCUCUUGUAAAUUUCAUGAUUUGUUUAAAGGGAUCUAAGGUAUUCAAUACAAGUAUUUUUUAAUUGGGGAAAAAUGGUAUUGCUUAAAACAUGUUACAUUUUUCAUAUAGAUUUAAAUACUACUGUACAGAAAUUGUAAUAUUUAUUCCUUGGUGUGUUAAACUAUAUUGUUAUCAGUAUUAAAUUCAUUUUGAAAUAUGUUUUUGUGCAAUUCAAUGUUUGGCAUUGCUUUCAUCAUUGCACUUGUCCUUACUGCUGUAGUUUUGGAAUCUUGUUUAAAGUGUUGAGUCUUUUAUAUGAGGAAACAUUCCAGCUGGCUUACAGAAGGUCAGUGGCUUUACAGUGUUACCAGCCUAUAAAAAGUUUGACUGUAUGAAGUCUAGACCAAAUUAGAUACUAGGUUUUCUGGGGUAAGAACUAGGUCAGGUGAGGGAUACAGGUCUUUCAAAGCCCUCUUGUUUGAAAUUUUAAGGAUCACAAUUUUACAUGGAAAACUAGAUAUUUCACUUACAUGGAAAACUAAAUAUUUCACCAUUAAAUUUACAUUUUCAAAAAUACUUCAAAAAGAUUCUUCUUCCAGCCCGGAGACAUUUAAAGUAAUGUAUAAUUUGUGUAAUUUUUUUUGCAUAAUAAAGCAGCGAAAACCUGUUUAUGAAUUUGGUGGCUCAACCUAUAGAAACUGUAUGUUAACUCUUGUUAUAGAUAUGCAUGUCAUUUUCUUCAAUUUGUUUUUGUUCUUUGUUGAAUUAUUACAAAUUUAUUUUGAAUGAAAUACAUUUUAUAUAGUAAA